GCGACUCCUCAGCAAACACUCAUGUCACUCCUCACUCACUGACUAGAGGAAGAGGAGGAGGAGGAGAGGUGGUCAUGGACCCUGGAGUGUGUGCUCUGGAGCUGCUGGGUGUGUGUUUCUCGCUGGCCGCCUGCUUGUGUUCGCUUCUCACCACCGCCAUGCCCCGCUGGCUCACGCUGUCCACGGAGCUCCUGCCCACGGAGAGCUUCGAGCUGGGCUUGUGGGGGACAUGUGUGGUGCAUGAUCUCGGGGUCACCGAGUGCAGGCCGUACGACAGUCUGCUGGGUCUCCCUCCUGAUAUUCGCCUCGCCAGGAUCCUGAUGUGCGCAACGGUGGUUGCAGGUGUAAUCGGCCUGUCCUUCUCCAUCCCGGGCAUCUACCUGGUGAACAGCUGCAGGCGCACUGAGAACUUCGAGGCCAAGCGGACCCUGAAAAUGCUCGGUGGGAUCUUUGGCUUCGUUGCAGGAGUGCUCGGGCUCGUGCCCGUGUCGUACGUGGCGCACCUGACGGUCCUGCGCUUCUUCGACGAGAGCGUGCCGAGCGUGGUUCCUCGCUGGGAGUUUGGAGACGCGCUCUUCUUCGGAUGGACCGCUGGCUGUUUGCAUGUGCUGGCUGGUGUCUUGUUGGUCACCUCUUGCUUGUAUCUGCGAGAGGAAACGUGCCCGUUACACCAGUCUAUACCGCUAAACAGAGCGCGCAUUACGCGUCCACAGCGAUCUCCAUCACGUCGGACGACAGAGUAUGUGUGAGACAUGGCCCGUUAAACACACAUGGCACAGUUUUGCUUCAACUAAUGUUUUGCUGCACUGAUAAUUAUUCAAUGGUCUCUAUUGAUAUGUGAGUUGAUUGUAAAUAAAUGCUGCUAUUUCCGUUUUUAUUAUUUUUUUUAUUUUUUAUCAGAUUGGUAACCCUUUACAAUAUGGUCCUAUAUUAUUUAACUAGUAAUUUGCAUUAAUCUUUGUUAAUGCUAUAGCCUAUGAAAAAUACAACUAUUUUUAGUUCAUGCCAGCUCAGGUGUCUAUUAAAUAUAAUAUUAACUUUUUUAAUAAUGUAUCAGUAAAUGUUGAAAUGAACCAUUCAUGUUAAAUGUAGUUAAUGUUAACAAACGGAACCUUGUUGUAAAGCGUUACCCUUAAUUUUGAUUAUAAAUCAUCAGUACUGUUGCAAAUCAUGUUAUUUAGCCAGAUCUGCACAUGUGAAUGUGAUUCUAAUGAGAAACAGUUUACUAAUCAUGAAAAUGAAAUAUGCAAACUUUCCAAGAAAGUGCACUUUUAUGACUAUGAGGUCAUUUAUAUAUAUCAAGACAAUUUUAUGCUAAUUAUCCAAAUAUUGCCAUGAAAAACCAGCCGCAAGCAUUGUCAGUUUGUCUGUUUUUAUAUUUUAAAGCACUGAGAGUGAGUGAAUGAGAGAUUAUAUGGAGUCAAAGUUGUGAUGAUCAGUCAAUAAAUCAGCGCAAUGUUUUUGUCA